CAAGAAGGGCCGACAUUCCAACCAUGAGGAAACAAAGGGUAUUGUCAAGUGUACGCGCGGCCGGUUCCAUCGCAAUUCCUUGGAGAAGGACCCCGGAUUCUCAAGUCUGUGGAGAAGAGGUGUGGUAGAGGCCGUUUUGGGUAGCCGGGCUAUCCCGUGCCCCUCACGUCUUCGUCAUCAUACUAGUGAGCGGCCGGAUCGUCCGGAUGGGCUGUUCCUGGGAAGCUUUCAACGACGUGGGGAAGCAGAUGAAACGUCGACCAGAUCUGAUACAGCCCAUCUGUGCGCAAUGCGCUGCGUGGGUGUGGUUGCGUGGACAUCAGGGUCAUAGCUGACUGUGAAAGCUAUAAAAGCGCGUUCAGGCCAUCUCCAGACUAGUCUCCGAGGGAGCUGGGUGAUUGGAAAUGCUCUUCUUUGGCUCAGCAAUCGAGAUAUAAAAAGCGCUCAUUGAGGAUAGAGUUGGGGCUAAUACCCAUGGUGUUGUUUCUGCUGUUAUUAGCGGCCGUUGUUGAAUUGUCCGGGGAAGCCUGAAGAUUUAUUGUGGGGCAUCAAAUGCUGGGUAGGUAAACUUCACUCACUUACACCCCCUCUCAUACCAUACAUAAAAGAAUCUUGCGCAACCCAACCUCCAAUUCCCAAUCCCGACAGCUUGCCUCCCGUCUCACAUCGGACAUUUCUGUCGGCUGUCAAAAUGCCACAUCUGACACGCCAAUCACAUCCCCCAUAUGUAUCCCCAACCGCAGUUCAUUCCGCCCGCAAGACAUCGCCAAGCAACAUGAACUCGUCAGCUGCUCUCUUUCGCGGCCUGUGCGACCCAAAGGAACCUCCACGUUGGAACACACGUAUAGAUUGGAGGAAGGAAACCCUUUUAUUGUGCUGCCUAGAUGUCUCGCAAAGUUGAUGUUCAGCUGUGAAGAGGUAGCUACGGAGAGGUAGGUAAGCUGGUAUUAAUAGCAAGAGGAGAGAGCUGGUUUUGCCUUUGAGCCAUUGCGUUUGUCCAUCAUCAAUCAAUCUUUGUACAUGACAGACAAGAUUAAAGCUAUCACGAUAUCCCCAACUCCAACGAACCUCAAAUCCCACAUCUCUCUCUCUCUCUCCCGCUAAAGACUACCUGCUACAACGAGGACGAUAACAGCAAACAUGGACGAAGCACACUACAGAGACCUCGAUCGAUGCCCAGACUACUCCCCCUUCUUCGGAGCCCUAGGCUGCGCCCUCUCCAUAAUCCUCACCGUCUUCGGCGCCUCCUACGGCACCGCCAAGUCCUCUGCCGGGCUCUUCUCCUCCGGCGUACUCCGCCCCGACCGUGUCAUGCAAAACACCCUCCCCUCCAUCAUGUCCCAAAUCCUCUCCAUCUACGGCCUCGUAAUCUCAGUCAUCGUAUCCUCCUCCCUGACCGAGUCCGUCCCCCUCUUCACCUCAUUCCUCCACCUAGCCGCCGGCCUCUCCGUCGGCCUCUGCGGUCUCGCCGCCGGCUUCUCCAUCGGCAUCGUCGGCGACGCGGGCAUCCGGGCGUCUACCCAGCAGCCUAGGCUCUACACCGGCAUGGUCCUCAUCCUCAUCUUUGCUGAGGUAUUGGGGUUGUAUGGCGUUAUUGUUAGUAUUCUCAUGAUCACUAGGAGUAGGGAGGGGAGGGCUUGUUUGGAAUAA